AUGGUUUCACCCACCUUCAUCCGCCUCGUUGCAGGCGCGGUCAUCUUGGCCGGCGUCAACGGCCAGGUGGACACCACGACCACGUCCGACAUCUCCGUUACGGCUGUUAAUCCGACCGACACCACCGUCACCGCCGUAGUCCCCGUCCCCACGAUCCUGCCCAUCACCACUAGUCCCGUCAUCGCCCCCCCUGCCUCAGUGACAACGACCACCUGCAACUUCAACGGCACCUGCAGGGUCAUCACCUUGCCCCCCGCCGUAUCGAUCCCCAGCUCGGUGACAACCCUGUCGACCUGCAACAACAGGGGCGCCUGCGGCCCCGCCACCACGCUCACAUACCCCGCGCCCCCGGCCGUGACGACUCUGACGCGCUGCAACUUCAGCGGCAGCUGCUCGGCCGUCACCCGUACCAACACUGGCCCCAUCUUCACCAACCGCACGACCACCAUCCGGCCCUCCACCAUCUGGCCCUCCACCAUCUGCAGCGGCACCGCAUGCCGUAUUACCGUCUCCACGGGGGUCUCGACCAUCAUCCGCCCCAUCACGCCGACGCUCACGGCCCCCCGUAACUCGACUCUGAUCACCAGGCCCUCCGUCCCGAUCUCGCUCCCAGUCAUCUCCAGCCGUCUCAUCAUCUCUAGCAGCCGUUCCGCCACCGCCCCUCAACUACCCCCCUCCAACCCUCCCUCGAACGUGCCCCUUCCCUCCAACACCACCCGUCCCGCGACAACGACUCCUAGCGUCGUGGUCGUGGCGGGCGAGCCCGCUCUCAAGGCUGUCAACGUGAUACCGUUGAUGAGUGUUCUCGGCGCGGUGGCCAUCGGUGUGGUUCUCUUCUUGUGA